UUACCUUUUCACUUUCUGUAAACAAUCUUGAUAAAUAUGCAAUUGCUCAGUAUUUUUCACUCAAUCUUGACUAUAUACUUCUUUCAACUUUUAAUUAAUGUAACCCAUUCCAAACUAAAUCUUAAAUAUGCGAUUUUAAGACAAAAGCAAGCACCCAAAUCACAAAAUGACACUUUUGCAUAUCAACAGAGAAUCAAAUAUGAUGCUCAGAAAACGAUGCGAGUUAUUUUCUAUAGGAACAACACCAAAACUCUGGAAACUUCAGCUUAUGACGAUACCUAUGAUCUUAAGGGGUCAGGUUGCUCAGCUUCCGACAAGUUUGCCAUAGUUUUACAUGGCUGGAUUCAAAGUUGCUCGGACGAAUGGGCUUUAUCACUAAUUGACAGGCUUAGUUAUUACCGCGGCGGAUGUGUGAUAUGCAUUGACUAUAGUGUAGUGGCUAGUUCCUCAUAUAUGCGGUUAUACACAAACUUCGACACCCUGACUGGAGCCAUAUCUUCCAUUAUUUUAACACUCUUUAAGCAGGGAUUUGACCCGAAGCGAGGCUAUAUGUUUGGCUUUAGCUUUGGUGGACAACUGGCUUCAGCAGUAGGAAGAUCUUUACGGCCUUAUCACAUCAUCGAAAGCAUAGAUACAUGUGAUAUGGCUGGACCCGGAUUUGAUCCCAUUGCAGUGGAUCACUCGAAGGCCGGAAAACAUGUGCAGUGCUUCCACUCGAGUCGCGACAAGGGCACCUUCGUUUACUCCUGCCACAGGAACAUUAUGCUGGGCAGCUGUGGUCUAAAACAGCCUUCGGUGGCCAGUCAACUUCACUUGGGCAGUCAUGGUCUUUGCGUUGAUAUAUACAUAAAUACCUUCGACUAUCCCUUCUACGCCCUUAACUCCACACCGCCGGAGUGCUUCACCUGGCAAAAAGCCGCGAAGAUUCCAGAUGGCUACACAGUGGGUUACGAAGAAAACUUUGACAACCAGGUCUCUGGACAAAUCUUUGUGCCAACCAGCCUGCAUUACCCCUACAACUUGUCCAAAAAACAUCUUAGAUUGCUGACUAGAAAUUAAAUAGACAAUUAACUUUUACACAUUUAAUUACUCUCUUAAGAUUUACGUCUUAAUCAAAGCCAAUUGAAUGAAAAUAUCAUGUGCGGUUUAUUAGAAUUCAGCUCAUAUCGUUUGUAGUUAAGUUUUAAUUCACCAAAAAUAUAUUUCAAAUCAAA